GCGGGGAGGCGCGCGCUCGGUCGGUCGGUCGGUCGGUCGGUCGGUGCCGGCGGAGCCAUGAGCUGUCUCACGGUGCCCGGCGUCCACCCCGGCUCGCCCGGCCGCCCGCGCGGGCAGAUACAGGUGAUCUUCGGGCCCAUGUUCUCCGGGAAGAGCACGGAGCUCAUGCGGCGGGUGCGGCGGUUCCAGCUUGCUCAGUACCGGUGCCUGCUGGUGAAAUACGCCAAGGACACGCGCUACGGGUCCUCCGGUGUCUCCACACACGACAAGAGCACCAUGGAGGCCGUGCCAGCCUGUCUCCUCAAGGACGUGUACCAGGAGGCGCUGAGCUCCACAGUCAUCGGCAUCGACGAGGGACAGUUUUUCCCAGACAUUGUGGAGUUCUGUGAGAUGAUGGCCAACACCGGGAAAACCAUCAUUGUCGCUGCUCUUGAUGGCACUUUCCAGAGAAAGGCCUUUGGGAGCAUCCUGAACCUGGUGCCGCUGGCGGAGAGUGUGGUGAAGCUGAACGCUGUGUGCAUGGAGUGCUACCGAGAGGCCUCCUACACAAAGAGGCUGGGAGCAGAGCGGGAGGUUGAGGUGAUUGGAGGAGCAGACAAGUACCACUCCGUCUGCAGAGCCUGCUACUUCCGCCAGCGGCCUCCUCAGCCUGGGCCGGAGAACAAGGAGAACGUGCCUCUGGGGCUGAAGCAGCUCGACGCUGCUGCCUCCUGCCGCAAGAUCUUCGCUUCUUGACUGCGGGGCUCCCGCCGGGGGGAGGCUGAGGGGAGGGCAGCUGAACGCUGCAGCUCCGGCUGCUCCGGCACCCUCUGCUUUAGCAGAACUGAACUGCCCCAGUGCCCCCUGCAAAGCCCCCGCCGCUCCUCUGCUCCGGGCACGGGGAGGAAGAGGAUCAGCCGCACCUGACACGGAAGCCCAGCUCAAAGGGAGUUCCUGUCUCACAACACGGAAGGGGACGGGUGUAGCUACUGAUGCUGCCACCAAACAGGCCCUGGAACCCUGUCACAGCAGCCCGGCCGCAGGCUCCUGUCACUCCCCUGGGCUGGGCAUAGGCUCAGCCUGGCUCUGGUGGCUGGUUCCCUCCGCUGGGAACGCAACUGUUUCUCUCUGGUGCCCUGUUGCUAAAUACCAGGUUUCUUAAGACACAAUGUACAGUAACUCAGUGUUUUUAACCCACUUCCCUUUUCCCCACAGUCCGAGGGGAUAAUCCGUCCCUCAGCCUGGCUCUCGGUGUUCCCUUUGAACGACUGCAUGUGGCUCAUCCCUUUGCUGUUACACUCUUGAUGUAACUGUCCUGUAAAUCUUUGUUGCAACAGGAGGGGGAAGGGCAGGGUGACUGGCAGCCUGACAGCGGGCUCCUACUAGUGUUAGCCUAGCAGUAGUCUCUAUUAAGACAGGGUCCUUUUGGAAGAGCCUCUUCUCCAAAGUCAGGGCACUUCUGCUCAUGGCCAAGCUCUGUGCUGGCCCUUCAGUGCUCAGUUACCUGUGAAGGAGCUGGAGGCUCAGGACUUAACCUGUCAAGACUGUUCCUGUGAAGACCCAGUGACUUGGAAAAGGGUCUCUGCUUUGGGUGAGUGGUUCUCAGCUCUUGUCACAUAUGUUGCUGCCUCAUGAGCCCUCAGAAAUUUCUUGAGGCUGAUUCCUCCUCUGCUGCAGGUUGGCUGAAGGAUCCUCUUCCCCCUUUUUUUGACUUCUGACUUUCUGGAAGGUUUGGGGUUUCUUCCUUAUUCCUUCCAAAAGCGCUUUUACGUUUAAGCCAGUGUCCACAAGCUCCAAGCAGCAGCUCUUGGUUCUGGCCAGCUCACAUCUGCCUGUGCAAUGCAGUGCUCUCUUCCUACACCCACCAGUCAGGAGGAGGAACCUCCCCAGGAGGUUAUGAGACCCUUUGAUAAGCCUGUGUCCCUCUGCAUUACUCGAGGUGGUGACAGUUGUAGCACACGCAAGUGUGUGAGUGCCAGGCCUGGGCUUUCCCCUUUAAUAAAUAACUUAAUGAAUUAAGUUUAAUAAUAACUUAA